CACGCGGGGGCGGCCAGGUCCCCCCGGCGCCCCCGGGAGCUGCGGGGCCCAGGGGGCGAGGAGCCCCCCAGCCGCUCCCCCGGAGCCGGGGGGGCGGUUCAGGCGCAUCCAAGCAGGAGCCUAAGCGGGGCGGCCUGAGGCUCCAGGGUGAAGCUGUCCCCGUCCGGGGUGGGGGGCCCGGCUCUGUGUCGCCGGCCGCGGGGCGCCCCCCACGUGCCCAGGCCCCUUUUCCAGCGGCCGAGCUGCCCGGCUGCGGGCUGACAGGCCCCGGCCCUGGGACUUGGCGCGGGUGAUGGCUGGAGAGCGCCCCGGGUCUCCGGCCUGAUCUGCCGGGGGUGGGGCAGGGUCUCCCUGGGCCAGCGGCGGUCUCAGCCCGGCGAGGCACCAGGCUGCCCCUCCCUGGCCCCGAGAGCCGGGGCUGGCCGCGGGCAGUGCAGCCGCCCCGCUGAGGUUGGUGCCUCACGCACGGGCAGAGCCAGCCCCGGGGGCCUGCAGCAGACUGGGCUAGCGGCUGUUGUCUUCAGGGCCGGGGAUGGUCGCUCCUUGGAGCGGUCCUGCUGCCCGCGGCACCCAGGCCGGGCUCCUUUCCCUCCAGCCCAGGCGCCAGGGGCCGCGAAGUUCCCAAGCCUGCGGCUCGCUCGCACCUGGGCUGUUCGCUGAGGCACUGGGGGUAGAAGAGUCGCUGCGACCCCACCUGGGCUUUACUGUCAGCCAGGAAACCCAGGAGGAGGAGGAGUUGUGGCUACCAGUUGAGUCAAGAUGGACUGGGGAAGGGAGGUGUUAGGUGGCCUGCCGGGGACUCUACUUACCUUUUUGCAAUAAGGUAACUGAAGGAGUGGUGAAGAGAGGAACUGACAACAUGCUCGGAGAAGCCUAUUUCUGAGGCACCUCUGGUGGAACUGGAGUUGUACCAGCAGGUUAUUUGAUUGAGUAGAAGGGCCUGCGAAAUCAAAGGGAGGUUUUUGCCUUUGGCUUCAUUGAAAGCUGAUCAAACUAAUAUUUCCUUGGCACCUGAAUCGCUCCAGUCACUGCAAUGAAUGGCCAGACUAUCCCAGCAAGCACUCCCGGGCAUCCCCAGGGCUGGAAUGAGUUCUGCGAGCUGCACGCCAUCACCACGGCCAAGGAGCUCGCCAAGAAGUACCUGCUGUUUGCCACUGAGAACCCCCACCAUGACUUCCUGGCAGCCGAGAACUUCUCUGUGCAGUUCACAGACCUCUUCCAGCAGUACUUCUGCAAUGAGGUGAAGGAAGGCUUCGCCAUGAACCAGUUCAGGGUCCUGCCCUUCGGCAGGGUGCGGGACUAUAGGGAGACCAGCAAGAGGCACGGGGAUGCCUCUUCGGGGCCGGUCAUGGCCAAGGUGGAGGCGGAGCUGACUGCCCACUCCGAGGCUGACAGAGCUGCUGACACUAACCCUCGGAGCCUGCCCAAGUCGUGGAGCUCUGAGGAGCUGAUGGGGGCAGCCUCCCCUCUGGCUGCCAGGAGACACUUCUCCCUCACCCGGUUGCGGAGGAGCUGGCGCAAGUUCUUGUGCAGGAGAUCCUCCGAGGCCAUCCCAGGAGAGGGGGAGGCACCGGAGCCUGCUCUCAAGCCUGGACUGGCCAAAAAGAUCCUGCCGUGGACCCUGUCCCAAGAUCAGGCUCACGAGGUGUGCAAGGAGGGUCUCUUAAAAUACGGCAUGGUAGAUGAAACCACCAUGGACAGUGGGACACGCUGGCAGCGGUGCCGAUUGGUUCUACGGAAGGCAGGGACGUCAGACAAUGAAGAAUAUGUCUUGGAGCUGUUUGAUCCCCCCAAGUGCUCCAAACCCAAGCUGCUCAUGGCUUGCUCUGCUGUCCAAGAGAUCCGGAGAUGCACCCGCCUCGAGAUGCCAGACAACAUGAACACCUUUGUACUCAAGGUGAAUAACUGCACAGACGUUGUAUUCGAGGCUGGCGACGAGCAGCAGUUGAGUUCCUGGACAGCCGAAAUCAAAGAAUGUAUGACCCGAGGGUCCGGGGGAGCCGAUGUAGAGCUGCUCUCAGGCCAGCACUCUGACACUGUGACGUCCAGCCCUGCCACUGGCAGCACUGACUCCCUUACCCAAGGCGCUACGCACUGUGGGCAGCCAGAGCCGUCCUGCCAGAAAACCGACCAGUUCCUCUCGUCCUACCCCUGGUUCCACGGCCCCAUUUCGCGCGUCAAAGCCGCCCAGCUUGUGCAGCUGCAGGGGCUGGAAGGCCAUGGGGUUUUCCUCGUUCGACAGAGCGAAACCCGCAGGGGCGAAUACGUCCUCACCUUCAAUUUCCAAGGAAGAGCGAAGCACCUGCGGCUCUCACUGACCGAGCGGGGGCAGUGCCGCGUGCAGCACCUGCGCUUCCCCUCCAUCCUGGACAUGCUGCACCAUUUCCAGCGGUGCCCCAUCCCCCUGGAGUGCGGCGCAGCUUGUGACGUGAAGCUCUCCAGCUAUGUGGUGGUCAUCGCCUCCUCCCAAGGUUUGGGCUCAAGUAACACCAUCUUGCUCCCAUUCUCCAUCCCUAAUUGGAGCUCCGAACUCAGCCGUACCCACAUCAGUCCCUCCAGCUGCCCCCGGCUACACAUGUCAGAUGACAUUCACCACAGUUCUCAGCCAGAACAGAUCUUCCAUCUGGUGCCCUCUCCAGAAGAACUGGCCAACAGCCUCCGAGACAGCAAUGCAGCCAACAUACAUGCCAGCCGGCAGCGGGACUCUGACUACGAGCUGGAUUCCCCUGGCAGGGGCCACAUUCGGGCUAUUGAUAAUCAAUACACGCCACUCUGACAAGAUGGGGUGGGGGGGUGCAAACCACACACUUCGGCAUGGAGCCCUGUUAGAGAACUUCUGCUAUGGAUUUUGGGAACCCUAUGAGAAGAAUGUAAUUAGGGAUUUAUUUUUUUGGUAAGGGAAGGGGUAAGAGAUGUAAAUUGUUCACUCCAGUAUGGGUGUUAUCCCUUUAUUAGGCCUGUUAAAGGGCCUGUUUUACAUAUUAAAGCUUUCUUAUUACUGUUUACACAUGUCAUUCCUGUUAACCUGUCAGGCUCUCUGCUCUUUAGGCUAGUAUCUGCACUCAGUCAUUGGUACAAAGACAUGUCACAGUUGCUUUUGGUCUUCGCUGCCCUUUUUGAUGUGACAGCCCAGAAGAGAAACGGGCAUGCUCCAUUACAGCCACAGAAUUGGACAAAAACGGAUUUGAUGUUCUUUGCGACAAGUUACUGAUCUGGACUGUGCAUAAACAAAGAAAAAUCACUUCCUGAUGGCCAAGGAAGGUGCUGCCGUUGCGUAAGUCACAGUUCUAUAUUUCUAACAGAGCAAUAGCCUUAGCGCUAAGGUAAGAGGUUCAUUACUUUUGGAUAUGGAGAGUACAGGCUUUAACUUCAAUCAUGUUCGCAUUUUUAAGAGAACAGUUGAGCCGUUGAAGUCACUGCUGCAGCUAUGGGCAGAAGAAAUGCUCACCUCUAUUAGCCACAAUUAAAAAGUGAACACUAACUUCCUCCUAUUAAUAUAGGCUUAACGUAUCUGAUCAGAGUACAAAAGAGAAGACUGACAUCUUGGCACAGCCUUGGAGUAAAACUUCCUUUCUGCUGUGGAAAUCUUUUAGGCACAAGUCUGAAGUUAAGCAAAAGUUUUUUUCCAAAUAUGUUACCUCAGGUUGGUUCUUCAAAGCAGGAGGGGUGUUGACAAACAGCCACCAUUGCUUGCAUUUAAAAAAACAAAACAACAACCACCCACCCUCUUUAAAUACUAGAUCAUAUUUUGUUAAGUCAAGCUAUGCAAAUAUGACUUCCCUGUGUGUCAUGGUUUUCUAGCCAGAUUGGGUAUAACCUUUUCUCCCCAGUAUCCCCCUCACUUGUAGGUCUCAGGAAAAUCACUGACUGUUGGGUUUUUGACAGUGCUUUUGCUAUUUAUGGAGAAGCAACAUGAGCCCCUUCAUUGUAACAGAGUUACCCAAAAGGGGGGUGUACUAAUGAACCUUCUUAUCCUCAUACUUUAUUGUAACUAAGCUUAGACUUUGGCAUUUCCUCAGUUAGAAUUACAGUUACAGAAGGAGAUGUGACAUUUGUCUUUGUGCUUCUUUACCGAGAGACAGGGGUCUGUGCAGAGCUGUGUGUUAUGAAUUAAGAUUUAUAGAUUCACAAUAAAUAGGUAAUUUCACUAACCCCUAUAGAAUAGGGAAAAGUUUCUCAGCUGUUUCCUCCCCCCACCCACCGAGGGUCUGACACUCAGUGUGGAUGAGAUGCCUUAGUGUUCAUUCGCGAUCAAGCAAGCCGCCACCUUCCCAUAACAUCCCUGUGGAGGGAAAGGACAGCAAUUGCUUAGAUGGAAAAGGAAGGUAACAUUUAACUAGCAGCAGAAGUGAGGAGAGUCAGCAGUCAGUGCUCCACAGAAUACAGCUGGAGAUCCAGUGCUCUUACAAGGUACGAGCUAAUAAAUCAACCCAACACCAGUAUGUUCAUUCUGAGCAAGUAAAGAAUCCUAUGAAAUGAGAACCAUUUAAAUGAUCAGUCCCAUUCCUCUCUACAC